GCGAGUCAUUCUGGGAUGUGUAAUGAAUGAGAAAGUGCUGUCCAGUGUACUGAUAAUAUGCACUUUUUAACGUCUGCAUUCAUGAGACACAGUGGCCAAAGAGCAUAAUAAUCGUUCACCUAUUCUGUGGUGCUGAGAGGAGCCGCUGAUCUUCAUCAUGUACGCGGUGUACCGUCAGGCUCACCCGCCCACCGCAGUGGAGUUUGCCGUUUACUGCAACUUCAUCUCCAGCCAAGAGAAAAACCUGGUGGUGGCAGGAACAUCUCAGCUGUACGUCUACAGGAUCAUUUAUGAUGUGGAGAGCACUUCCAAGUCUGAAAAGUCAUCAGAUGGCAAAAGUCGUAAAGAGAAACUGGAGCAGGUGGCAUCUUUCUCUCUUUUUGGGAAUGUGAUGUCAAUGGCCAGUGUCCAGCUGGUGGGCACCAACAGAGACGCCUUGCUUCUCAGCUUCAAAGAUGCCAAGCUGUCAGUUGUGGAGUAUGACCCUGGCACGCAUGAUCUCAAGACUCUGUCGCUGCAUUAUUUUGAGGAACCGGAGUUGAGAGAUGGGUUUGUUCAGAAUGUGCACAUUCCUAUGGUUCGAGUGGAUCCAGAGAAUCGAUGUGCUGUCAUGCUGGUGUACGGCACUUGCCUGGUGGUUCUGCCUUUCAGGAAGGACACGCUUGCUGAUGAACAGGAGGGGAUUGUGGGAGAGGGGCAGAAAUCUAGUUUCCUACCCAGUUACAUCAUCGAUGUUCGUGAACUGGAUGAGAAACUCCUAAACAUCAUCGAUAUGAAGUUUCUCCAUGGCUACUAUGAGCCCACACUGCUUAUUCUGUUCGAGCCCAAUCAGACGUGGCCAGGGCGUGUAGCGGUGCGUCAGGACACUUGCAGCAUCGUGGCGAUCUCUCUAAACAUCAUGCAAAAGGUUCAUCCAGUCAUCUGGUCUCUGAGUAACCUGCCCUUUGACUGCAAUCAGGUCAUGGCUGUUCCCAAACCCAUCGGUGGUGUUGUGGUGUUUGCUGUGAAUUCGUUGCUGUAUCUGAAUCAGAGUGUUCCUCCAUUUGGAGUGUCUCUAAACAGUCAGACUAAUGGCACCACAGCUUUCCCCUUGAGGUCUCAGGAUGAAGUAAAGAUCACGCUGGAUUGUUCUCAAGCUUCCUUCAUCACCUCUGACAAAAUGGUCAUCUCACUUAAAGGAGGAGAAAUUUAUGUGUUGACGCUCAUCACCGAUGGCAUGAGAAGUGUCCGUGCGUUUCACUUUGAUAAGGCUGCUGCCAGUGUCCUGACGACCUGUAUGAUGACUAUGGAGCCAGGCUAUCUGUUUUUGGGCUCUCGACUGGGAAACUCACUGUUGCUCAGGUACACUGAGAAACUCCAGGAAACACCCAUGGAGGAGGGCAAAGAGAAUGAGGAGAAAGAGAAACAGGAAGAACCUCCGAAUAAGAAGAAACGUGUGGAUUCCAACUGGGCAGGAAAGGGCAAUCUACCUGAUGAGCUGGAUGAAAUUGAGGUGUACGGGAGUGAAGCUCAGUCAGGCACUCAGCUGGCCACAUACUCAUUUGAGGUUUGUGACAGCAUACUAAACAUUGGACCCUGUGCCAGUGCCUCCAUGGGAGAACCAGCUUUCCUGUCUGAAGAGUUUCAAACCAACCCUGAGCCAGAUCUGGAGGUGGUGGUGUGUUCAGGAUAUGGCAAGAAUGGAGCACUGUCUGUAUUGCAGAAAAGCAUCAGACCCCAGGUGGUGACUACGUUUGAACUUCCUGGAUGCCAUGACAUGUGGACAGUCAUAUACUGUGAGGAAAAACCCGAAAAGCCUUCAGCUGAGGGUGAUGGAGAGAGUCCUGAGGAGGAGAAGCGCGAGCCCACAAUAGAGGAUGACAAGAAGAAACACGGCUUCCUUAUCCUCAGCAGAGAAGACUCCACCAUGAUCCUUCAGACGGGUCAGGAGAUCAUGGAACUGGACACCAGUGGAUUCGCCACACAGGGUCCUACGGUUUAUGCGGGCAACAUCGGAGACAAUAAAUACAUCAUCCAGGUGUCCCCCAUGGGCAUCAGAUUGCUCGAGGGAGUCAAUCAGCUCCACUUUAUCCCUGUGGACCUGGGCUCUCCCAUAGUGCACUGCUCUUUGGCUGAUCCUUACGUGGUCAUUAUGACGGCAGAGGGAGUGGUCACUAUGUUUGUUUUGAAGAAUGACUCGUAUAUGGGAAAGAGUCACCGCUUGGCACUCCAGAAACCACAGAUACACACGCAAUCACGUGUUAUUACGUUAUGUGCAUAUCGCGACGUCAGUGGUAUGUUCACAACUGAGAACAAGGUCAGCUUCCUGGCAAAAGAGGAAAUUGCUAUCAGAACCAACUCAGAGACAGAAACCAUCAUCCAGGACAUCAGUAAUACGGUGGACGAUGAAGAGGAGAUGCUGUACGGAGAGUCGAACCCUCUGACGAGCCCCAGUAAAGAGGAGUCCAGCCGUGGCUCUGCAGCAGCGAGCUCCACUUACACAGGAAAAGACAGCGGCUCCAGCAGACAGGAGCCCUCACACUGGUGCCUGCUGGUCAGAGAGAAUGGAGUCAUGGAGAUCUACCAGCUUCCAGACUGGCGUUUGGUUUUCCUGGUGAAAAAUUUCCCAGUCGGUCAGCGCGUUUUGGUUGACAGCUCAGCCAGCCAAUCGGCUACUCAAGGGGAGCUGAAAAAGGAGGAAGUGACGAGACAGGGUGAAAUCCCAUUGGUCAAAGAAGUUGCUCUUGUGUCAUUAGGCUACAACCACAGCCGUCCCUACCUUCUGGCUCAUGUUGAACAAGAGCUUCUCAUCUAUGAGGCCUUUCCGUACGACCAGCAGCAAGCUCAGAGCAACCUGAAAGUGCGCUUCAAGAAGAUGCCUCAUAACAUUAACUACAGAGAGAAGAAGGUCAAAGUGAGGAAGGACAAGAAGCCUGAGGGUCAGGGAGAGGACACUCUUGGGGUCAAAGGUCGUGUGGCCAGAUUCAGAUACUUCCAGGACAUCUCUGGAUACUCAGGGGUGUUUAUCUGUGGUCCAUCUCCACACUGGAUGUUGGUGACCUCUCGCGGGGCGAUGCGACUCCACCCCAUGACAAUAGAUGGAGCCAUUGAGUCUUUCUCUCCCUUUCACAAUAUCAACUGCCCCAAAGGAUUCCUCUACUUCAACAAACAGGGUGAGCUGAGGAUCAGCGUGUUGCCCACGUACCUCUCUUAUGAUGCUCCCUGGCCUGUACGCAAGAUUCCUCUUAGGUGCACCGUCCACUAUGUAUCGUACCAUGUGGAAUCCAAGGUGUAUGCAGUGUGCACCAGUGUUAAAGAGCAGUGCACGCGCAUCCCCAGAAUGACUGGAGAAGAGAAGGAAUUUGAGACCAUUGAAAGAGAUGAGCGAUACAUUCACCCUCAACAGGACAAGUUUUCCAUUCAGCUCAUCUCUCCAGUGAGCUGGGAGGCUAUACCAAACACACGCGUUGACCUGGAGGAGUGGGAGCAUGUGACGUGCAUGAAGACGGUGGCUCUGAAGAGUCAGGAGACAGUGUCAGGACUGAAGGGAUAUGUGGCUCUUGGGACAUGUCUCAUGCAGGGAGAAGAGGUCACCUGUAGAGGCAGAAUCCUGAUUCUGGAUGUGAUAGAAGUGGUCCCAGAGCCUGGUCAGCCCCUCACCAAGAACAAGUUUAAAGUGCUGUAUGAGAAGGAGCAGAAGGGACCCGUCACUGCUCUCUGUCACUGCAGCGGAUUCCUGGUGUCUGCCAUUGGACAGAAGAUCUUCUUGUGGAGUUUGAAGGAUAAUGAUCUGACUGGAAUGGCCUUCAUUGACACACAGCUCUACAUUCAUCAGAUGUACAGCAUCAAGAACUUCAUCCUCGCUGCCGAUGUGAUGAAGAGCAUCUCUCUGCUGCGCUACCAGCCGGAAAGCAAGACGCUUUCACUCGUCAGCAGGGAUGCAAAGCCUUUGGAGGUUUACAGCACAGAGUUUAUUGUAGACAAUAACCAGCUUGGUUUUCUAGUUUCAGACAGAGACAAAAACCUCAUGGUCUACAUGUACCUCCCUGAAGCCAAAGAGAGUUUUGGAGGCAUGCGUUUGUUGCGGAGAGCAGACUUUAACGUGGGCUCACAUGUGAAUGCCUUCUGGAGGAUGCCGUGUCGCGGGACACUAGACACAGCCAACAAGAAGGCCCUCACCUGGGACAACAAACACAUAACCUGGUUUGCUACGCUGGACGGUGGUGUCGGUCUGCUUUUGCCAAUGCAGGAGAAGACGUACCGCAGACUGCUGAUGUUGCAGAACGCUCUCACCACCAUGUUGCCACAUCAUGCCGGGCUCAACCCAAAAGCUUUCAGGAUGCUGCACUGUGACAGGAGGACGCUCCAGAACGCUGUCAAGAACAUCCUGGAUGGAGAGCUGCUCAAUAAAUACCUGUAUCUCAGUAUCAUGGAGAGAAGUGAACUGGCCAAGAAGAUUGGCACAACUGCAGACAUUAUCUUGGAUGAUCUUCUGGAGAUUGAAAGAGUCACUGCUCACUUCUGAAGAGCUCACUGUUUUCCAUCACAUGAAGGUUUCCCCCUUUUGCCCACUGUUUUAUAUUUCAAUGUUUUGAUAGAAAAGCAGAAACUAACAUUUGUCAUACUGAUGUUUUUUGUUGUUGUUGACCAAAAAGGAAAUACAGUAAAUGGUACUGUAUUUCAUAGAAUAUUUUGUAAGAAAAGAAAAUGACAAUGUUGUGCAUGUUCACAUCAAGAACAGAGAAACAUGCUGAUGCUCUCA